CAAUUAUCUAUUGAUGAGUCCAUACGACUGUCAGGCGAUGUCUUUGAAAACGUGUUGCAAACCAAUGAUGUGGUCAAAGCGUUGGCAGAUAUUGAGCCCUAUUUUGAAGUGCAUGCUGAGUUACUGUAUGCAUACAGUCUCAAACUCAGUGGUCUAGUGUUGGCCAUUGAGACCAAUAAUAUCUAUGCACUCAUUAAACUUGCCUAUCGUUGGCAAAAAUAUGUUAAACAUUUGAGUAAUAUACCGCCUAAAAUUUUACGCCUUAUCAACUUCUUGGGCAUACGGGGUGUUGAAAGUGUUGGUUGGGGACAAAUUAACAAGGUGGCAUUUGAACUACCAAGUUUGUUUGGUCAAUUGGCCAGAUUGUUCAAAUUACUAUACUGGACGUACGCCGAUACACACGCUGGUAUCGGACCCGUAAACGCCGAGAUAUGCGGCCAACUAAUGGACACCGAGCUGAGAAAGUAUCCGAAAAAUUUAAUGUUAAAUAUAUUUGGUUCAAAAUUGGAUCAAAUAAAUGGUAAGAUCGAUGUGGCCAUAGACUCGUACCACAGACUACUGAAUGAUCCGCACGUGACGCCACGAAGAUUCAUAUACUUUGAGCUAACGUGGUGUUAUGCGCUGCAAUCUGAUUGGCCAAGGUGCAUUAAAUACGCCGAAAAAUUUCGCACCACCAGCUUUUACACUCCGGCCAUCGCCACGUAUAUGGAGGCUGUGUUUCGGUACACGGAAUGGACCAUAACUGAUGAGUCCGUGGCUAAAGACAAGGCCACAGAAUUGUUCAAACUGGUGCCGACUUUGCGUAUACGACAUUUGGGUAAAACUAUUACACCGGAAAAGGUGGCGGUUGUGAGCGCUCAGAAUUAUAUCAAAAACGGGGAACUCUUGAUUUUACCGGACGUGGCCAUAUUAUAUGAUCUAAACUACUUGUCGCUUAUAAGAGGCGAUACCGUAUUGUUGAACAGCUUUAUGGACCGCAUUACUGAAUGCGAAUUGAAAUACCAAUGUGACAUAGACUCAUCAAACUACCUGGAUAAUUAUCUGAUAGCUAUAUUUUAUAAGGGAGUUGUGUUUAGACUAAUGUCUAACUUUAAAAAGGCGACCGAAUGUCAGCAAAUUAUUAUUGAUAACGAACCGCGAAUUGGGGGACAGUUUUCACUGCCGGCUCAGGCGGUCCUCGAAAUGGGUUUAAUUGAAUACGAGAUGAAAAAUACUGAAAAAGCAAUCGAUUUGCUUAACAAAUGUAUUAACGAAUACACGGGUUAUCUAAACGAGAAUUACGUUCACUUUAAGGCGUUUACAGCCCUCAGAGGUCUGGGAGUGUGUAAUACAAAACAGGCCGACGACGAGCACCUCUUGGAAGAAUAUAAGAAACAAUGGCUUAAAGACAUAAACAUUGAGCAAAAAAGUUAUGAUAAAGUGGUAGAGAUUGAGGACAAGAAUGAAAUUUAAGGGAA